UGUUGAGAAUGUCACCAGCUGGACCUAGAAGAUGCCUUUUACUUUACCCACCUCAUCAGGACUUUCAAGAGCUCCUGCAUGUGACUAACCUCCGUGCGAACUUCAAACUGCACACACUGGGUGACAGGCCCCAGGGGGGGCUUCAAGGGACACCCCUUCUACUACUAUGCCCUCUGAGCUUGUGGUCCAAGGCAGCUGCCUGUGCCAUGGCCAUGCCUCUGAGUACAGGCCUGCACCCAGGGUCCCACCCAACAUGGAAGGCAUGGUGCGUGGCCUUUGUGUCUGCUGCCACCACAGAGCUGGUACCCACCGUGAGCACUGCCAGGACCUGCACCAGGACCACCCAUGGCAGGCAGCAGAGCCUGGGCACCCCCAUGCCUGCCAGGCCAGCCCACUCCAUAUCCACCUACCUUGUUCUGCUCCAGAAUCCUGCAGGUGCAAUCCCCGGGGCUGCAUCCCUGGCACUCAUGCCUGUGAUCUCUCCAGUGGUGCCUAUCACUGCAAAUGCCUUGUCUCUGGAUGGGACUGCAGCCGUUGUCUGGGAGCCCCCGAGCCUGCUCCUCCUCACUGUACACAAGCCCCAGGGACCUCCCCUGGUUGGCUCAGGCCCCGACUUCAGAGACAGUGUGUCCCUCGAUAUGCCUCCACCCUGCCAGUGUCUCACAUCCAGGCCCCAAAGGAGCCCCUGCCCCUGCAUCAGGGAGCUGGCUGUACACUGUGGACUGGCUCAGACUUUGCACGUGUGGUUGAUGGGGCUGGCCUCUCUCUUCUGGCACCCAUAGUGCCUUCUGCCCUGGAGUGUGACAUUGUCCUACGCUAUGAGACCCAGGUUGUGCUCCUGCCACAGGUGAAAGGGUUGCCUGGACUGAGGUCUGUGGACCCUGGCGCCACGGGGCACUUGCAGGAGCUCCACAAGGCGGGCUGCGUGGAGGCAGCGAGGAUGAGCCUCUCCAGCACUAUACCUGAGGCCUGUGCCCGCCUUGCCUGCAGCAUCUCUGCCCUGUUCCAGGGGGGUGGCCUUGAGUGCUGCUGCCACACCAAGGGUGCCACCAAUGCCAUUUGUAACCCUGUGAAUGGGCAGUGCCCCUGUCGGGCAGGCCUUGCUGGUCGCUGCUGUGACCACUGCCUCUAUGGCUGGUGGGGCUUCCCAUGCUGCCAACCCUGUGCCUGCAGUGGAGCUGCUGAGUUGUGCCAUCCACUCACAGGAGUCUGCCAGGACUGCCACGGGGCCACAAUGGACCAGCACUGUGAGAGGUGCUUGGAUGGCUACUACGGAGACCCCACCCUGGGCUCAGGCCAGCAGUGCUGGCCCUGACUCUGUCCUGGGCACCCUGGCUCAGGCAUCUAUCAUGGGACUUCCUGCCAUGUGGACAGCACCAGUGGAUGUGUCCUGUGUCUCUGUGCAUCUGGCUAUGCAGGCCCCCGCUGCGACCGCUGCUCCUUGGGCUACUUUGGGCACCCUUGGCCAGGAGAUGACCCCAGAAGGAGUCUGUGCCAGCCCUGCCAGUGCAACAAUAUUGAUCCCAUGAUCCAGCCGCCUGUGACCCCCACAGUGGACACUGCCAGCACUGUCAGCACCACAGCCAUGGCCCUGGCUGUGCCCACUGCGGGCCUAGCUUCCAAGGCAGUGCCCUGCACCAAGGGGGCUGCCGGCAUGAGUGUGUGAGUGGGAUGGGUGAGGGUAUCCCAAGGUGGGGGGUGCGUUCUCUUUCCUCAAGCCCUUCCUCUCCCCGGGCUGUGGCUGUGGCCGCCAGGGCACCAUACCUGCGAGGUGCCUGUCUGGGGCUGAAGCCUGCUUCUGCAACCAGGUCAGCGGGCAGUGCCCCUGCUGCCCCCACACGCUGGGGCGGGACUAUAGCCGCUGUGCCCCCCUCUUCUGGAACCUGGGGGUGGGUCCCGAGGCUGCGAGCCCUGCAGCCGCCGUGCCCAACACACUUUGCAGCCAGUGUAUCACCCAGUGAGUGAGCCCUUGUCGCACAUAGCAUGUGGCAGUGGCCAGGUGUGAGUGAAUGUGUGUGCCUGUGGUGUGAUUUAUGGCUGGUGUGAGUGUGAGUGUUAAUGUGACUACCAGCAGCAGUGUGUGUGGCUGCAAGCAGCUGUGUGUGCUCUUGUGCAACAUUAGCUAUGAGCAGACAUGAGACCACGUGGGCCCGACCCCACGUGCCACCGUGUGUUGGCAUGUAGGUGAAGCACUGUGAGUGGGUCAUGGCAAGCAGAACGAGUGUGGCACGGGUGGGGCCGGGUGCAGCUGGGAAGGAGGCAGAAGAGGCACGGGCGGAGGGGGAGGAUUGGGAGAUGCAGGCAGAGAUGGAUGGCCGUGGGAAGCGAGUGUUUCCAGGAGGAGAGACGUCAGGGACUGAAUGAGAUGAGGUCUGAAUGAGAUGAGGUCUGAAGUGUGUUCUCGAGUCCUUGGUGAGGAGAGGGUGGGAGUUGGCGGGUGAGCGUGUGGAAACAGUGGGGUGCUGCACUCAGGACACAGAGGAGCAGGUCAGGAGUUGAGAACCCAGAGGGCCGGUCUGUGGGAGGCGAGGCUGGCAAUGUAGGGACAAGGUGGGGGCCGGUCAAGGGGGUCAGACCAGAGGAAGCAGGAGGGGAGAAGCCCUCAGCCAAGCACAGGUAUGAGUGCUGCCUGGGCAGGAACAGGCUGAGAGGAGGCGACUGUGUGCUGCCUCUGAGCUCUCCUUUCCUUCUUCCUCCCCCAGAGGAGGCUCUUUGUUUCUGUGGACUGGCCACACACUCUUCCUUCAGGUCAUGGGUCAGUGCCCCUGCCAGGCAGGAUUUGGGAGCUGCACGUGCUCCUGGUAUCAGGAUGGGUACUGGGGUGACCCAGAGCGGGAAUGCAGAGGUGAGCAGGGCAUUCACACAAUCCACCACCAGGGGUGAGGCUGUCCUGACGGGAUCCUCCCUGUGGGAUGGCGGGGGAGCCACCAGGUUGUCCUGAGGGAGAGCACGUGUUUAUUGCUGUUUUCUCCAAAACUUAAAGAAAUACUCAUGAAAACAGCUGUAGGGAAAGAGUGUUGGCAAGGCCAGGUUGGGUAGGCCUGCGGAGCAGACACAUUGGGUGGUUCUUUCCUGACCCCACCUGCCAGUCUUGACCCAAACUGACCUCUCUCUGGGCUGUAGAGCACCUGGAGCCCUGUGCUGUUUUCCUGCCCAAAGGCUGCCAUGCAGUAUGGCCUCUCUGGCUGGGGUAGAUGCCAGUACCCAUGACCGUUCUCUCUUUUUUUCUUUGCUGUACGCGGGCCUCUCACUGUCGUUGCCUCUCCCAUUGCGGAGCACAGGCUCCGGAAGCGCAGGCCGAGCGGCCAUGGCUCACGGGCCCAGCCGCUCUGCGGCAUGUGGGAUAUUCCCGGACCGGGGCACGAACCCGUGUCCCCUGCAUCGGCAGGCGGACUCUCAACCACUGCGCCACCAGGGAAGCCCCCAUUCUCUUUUUUUAAAAAAUAUAUUUUUUAAUUUA